AUGUUUAAAAAUUUCCUGCUGUCGCCACCUAAAUUUGGAGGACCUUCGGUUUGGAAACUGUUCCCACAGUACAUACCUGCGCCAAAUUCAGAUCAGAAACCAGUACUGAUCCAUGUGUGUGGAGUGAACCCAGUGGAGACCAACACCUGCUCUGGGACCUACACCAGGAAGCCCAGCCUGCCCUACACUCCAGGAACUGAUGUGUCCGGGGUUGUGGAGGCUGUUGGAGAUGGGGUCCAACUUACAGGUGCUGGUGACCGUGUGUUCACCACGGCCACAGAGACCGGAAGGUAUGCAGAAUACACCGUUGUGUCUGAUGACCUUGUCCCUCGGCUGCCAGACUCCUUAGACUACAAACAGGGAGCUGCCAUUGGGAUCCCCUACUUCACAGCAUACAGAGCUCUCUCCCAUAAAGCACAUGCUAAAGCAGGCGAGACAGUACUCAUCCAUGGAGCCAGAGGCGGGGUAAGACCAAUGUGGGGGUGUGCAGCGUGUCAGAUGGCCUUGGGUCUGAGGGUCCUGGGGACAGCAGGGACCCCAGAGGGACUGAAGCUUGUCCUGAAGAACGGAGCUCACAUAGAAUGCUCUUUCCAUGACAUAGACUGA